UAGAACCCCUUCUUGUCCUUCUCUCUCCUCUCCCUUGGCAAGAAACUAUCCCUCUAACUAGAUAUGUCUGAAGGUACUUACGCUGGUGCAAUUGGUAUUGAUUUAGGUACUACCUACUCAUGUGUUGCUGUCUACGACAACACCACUGGUGUUGAAAUUAUUGCUAACGAACAAGGUAACAGAGUUACCCCAUCUUUCGUUGCUUUCACCCCAGAAGAAAGAUUGAUUGGUGAUGCUGCUAAGAACCAAGCUGCUUUGAACCCACAAAACACCGUCUUCGACGCCAAGAGAUUGAUUGGUAGAGCUUUCAGCGAAGAAUCCGUCCAAAAGGAUAUCAAGACCUGGCCAUUCAAGGUUGUCGACGACAACGGAAACCCAAAGAUUGAAGUCUCUUACUUAGGUGAAGAAAAGACUUUCUCUCCACAAGAAAUCUCCUCCAUGGUCUUGACCAAGAUGAAGGAAAUUGCUGAAGCUAAAUUAGGCCAAACUGUUGACAAGGCUGUUGUCACUGUUCCAGCUUAUUUCAAUGACUCCCAGAGACAAGCCACCAAGGAUGCUGGUUCCAUUGCAGGCUUGAACGUUUUGAGAAUCAUCAACGAACCAACCGCUGCUGCAAUUGCUUACGGUUUAGGUGCAGGUAAAUCCGAAACCGAAAAACACAUUUUGAUUUUCGACUUGGGUGGUGGUACUUUCGAUGUCUCCCUUUUGAACAUCGCUGGUGGUGUUUUCACCGUCAAGGCAACCUCUGGUGAUACUCACUUGGGUGGUCAAGAUUUCGAUACCAACUUAUUGGAACAUUUCAAGAAGGAAUUCCAAAAGAAGACCGGUUUGGACAUCUCCAACGACGCUAGAGCUUUGAGAAGAUUAAGAACUGCUUGUGAAAGAGCAAAGAGAACUUUGUCUUCUGUUGCUCAAACUACUGUUGAAGUCGACUCCUUAUUCGAUGGUGAAGACUUCUCUGCUAACAUCACCAGAGCUAGAUUCGAAGACUUGAACUCCGCUUUGUUCAAAUCUACCUUGACUCCAGUUGAACAAGUCAUGAAGGACUCUGGUCUUGACAAGGCUAAGAUUGACGAAGUUGUCUUAGUUGGUGGUUCUACCAGAAUUCCAAAGGUCCAAAAGAUGUUGUCUGACUUCUUCGAUGGUAAGCAAUUAGAAAAGUCUAUCAACCCAGAUGAAGCUGUUGCUUUCGGUGCUGCUGUCCAAGGUGCUAUCUUGACCGGUCAAUCCACCUCCGACGAGACCAAGGACUUGUUAUUGUUGGAUGUUAUUCCAUUAUCCCUUGGUGUUGCUAUGCAAGGUAACGUUUUCGCUCCAGUUGUUCCAAGAAACACCACUGUUCCAACCAUCAAGAGAAGAACCUUCACCACUGUUGCUGACCACCAAACCACUGUCCAAUUCCCAGUCUACCAAGGUGAGAGAGUCAACUGUACCGAAAACACCUUGUUGGGUGAAUUCGACUUGAAGGGUGUCCCACCAAUGCCAGCUGGUGAACCAGUCUUGGAAGCCAUCUUUGAAAUCGAUGCCAAUGGUAUCUUGAAGGUCACUGCUCUGGAAAAGUCCACUGGUAAGUCCGCCAACAUCACCAUCUCCAACUCCAUCGGUAGAUUAUCUUCCGACGAUAUCCAAAAGAUGAUUGACGACGCUGACAAGUUCAAGAAGUCCGACGAAGAAUUCUCCAAGAAGCACGAAGCCAAGCAAAAACUUGAAGCUUACGUUACCUCCAUCGAAGGUACCGUCACCGACCCAGUCUUGUCCGCUAAAAUCAAGAAGGGUUCUAAGGCUAAGAUCGAAUCUGCUUUGUCUGACGCUUUAGCUGCUCUUGAAAUCGAAGAUUCCUCUGCUGAUGACUUGAGAAAGGCUGAAUUAGCUUUGAAGAGAGUCGUCACCAAGGCCAUGGCCACUCGUUAAGGAGGGGGUAUAUUGUUAAAACACUCACGUCUCAUAGUAUGCAUGCUCUCCAUGUAAAUACAUAUGGCUAAUAUAUCUAUUUUAUAAUAUAUACUACACACACAAAAUAUAUAGUUUAGUUCUGUCUAUUUAAUCAUCGUUCAAAUCUCUAUUUCUUCUUUCUAGCUCUAACCCAAUCGCCAUCUCAU